ACAGCUCCACAGCUCCACUCUCCAGUCCUGUUCCAGCCUUCCAGUCGGCGAUCUGAGGUUUCUCCUCUCUCUCUCUCUCUGUUCGUCUCCCUCUAUCUCUCGACUCUCAUCCUCGCCUGAAAAGAUCUGAGAGUUCAAUGCAGCCUAGGGUUUUCAUCUUUGGCCUCCUCCCACUCCCUCCCUCGCGUUCUCGACCCCAAAACAAAAAAGGAGUCUUCAAACCCCAACAAAACCCUCCCGAAUAAAUCACCGGCGGUACAAGGAAGAAUCAACGCCCUCUCGACUCAGCAAUUCGAGCCUGCAACCAUGUACGGAGGAGAUGAAGUGUCGGCUAUAGUCAUAGACCUGGGCUCGCACACCUGCAAAGCCGGUUACGCCGGCGAGGAUGCCCCUAAAGCUGUCUUCCCAUCUGUUGUAGGAUCAAUUGAUCAAAUGGAACUUGAUGACCCUGAUAAUUUGGAUAAGAAUUCUGGAUCUAUUCCAGAUUCUAAGAGUGUUGUUAGGCCUUUUGACGCAGAGAAAUCCAAGGGCAAACGCAAAUUAUAUGUAGGAUCUCAGGCCUUAGGAUACCGUCGGGAUCAUAUGGAGGUGCUGUCACCCAUAAAGGAUGGAGUUGUCGUUGAUUGGGAAAUAGUUGAGAACAUCUGGGACCAUGCCUUAAGGGAUUGUCUACUGAUUGAUCCGAAAGAGCAUCCAAUGCUACUCGCAGAACCAUCCUCUAACAGUCAACAACAAAGAGAGAAGAUAGCGGAGCUUAUGUUUGAAAAGUACAAAGUUCCUGCCCUAUUUUUGGCAAAGAAUGCUGUUCUCACAUCUUUUGCAUCAGGACGGGCUACCUCUUUAGUUGUUGAUAGUGGCGGAGGAUCAACUACCAUCGCCCCUGUACAUGAUGGCUAUGUACUUCAAAAGGCUGUGCAAUCUUCACCAAUUGGGGGAGAAUUUCUAUCUGAUUGCUUAAUGAAAAGCUUGGAAAGCAAAGGCCUUACUAUAAAACCAAGAUAUUCUUUUAAGAGGAAGGAAAUACGGCCCGGAGAGUUUCAGACAGUGGAUCUUGAUUUCCCAAAUACGACAGAAAGUUACAGACUGUACUCACAGAGGGUAAUUGCCAGUGAUAUUAAGGAAUGUGUGUGUCGAGCUCCAGACACUCCUUAUGAUGAGAGUUCCUAUUCAAACAUUCCAAUGACACCAUAUGAGCUCCCUGACGGGCAGACAAUAGAAAUUGGAGCUGACAGAUUCAAGAUUCCUGAUGUGCUAUUCAAUCCAUCUUUGGUUCAGACUAUUCCGGGCAUGGAAAGUUUUGCGGAGACUGCUGCUUCAGUACGAGGCCUGCCACAAAUGGUCAUAGAGAGCAUUAACAAAUGUGAUGUGGAUAUUCGAAGGGAACUGUUCAGUAGUAUACUGCUUUCUGGAGGCACAGCAUCAAUGCAGCAGUUAAAAGAACGCCUUGAGAAAGACUUGUUAGAGGAAUCUCCUCAAGCAGCUAGAGUUAAAGUAUUGGCAAGCGGAAAUGCAACAGAAAGGAGAUUCAGUGUUUGGAUAGGAGGGAGCAUACUAGCAUCUCUUGGUUCAUUUCAGCAGAUGUGGUUCUCCAAGUCUGAGUACGAAGAGCAUGGAGCAUCGUACAUUCAAAGGAAAUGCCCUUAAUAUGCCUUUCUUUCUGGCUGUAUAUCAAGAAGAGAAGCUUCCUGUGUCUUCCCAUCUGAGUUUAAGGAACACUUUGCUAUCCGUAUAUCCACAAAACAAUAUCGUUUGCGUUUAUUGAGCUGCUAAUUGUUUGCCUCAUUCGAGUUUGGGAGGAUGUUUGGAAUUCUCUUUAAUGUAACUUCUCCAAAUAGCUAGGAUGUAGUGAUUCAAGUUCGUGGCCGUUGAUUUGCACUAGUUUGUACUGUACAAUUAGUUUAUUAACCUAUACUUGUAGCCAACUUUUUGAUUCCUUUUCUAGGGUCAUAUGCCACUCUAUUGUGGAGUAGAACUAAUUGGAAAAGUACGAAUCAUUUAACCA